CCGCACAAAAUAUCAUCCUAAGGUACAUUCCGAGUAUUUUUUUUUGCGAAAUCAGCCUACCAUUCAUUCACCGUCAUCACAAUUCACUACAAUGGCCAAUCCUCUCAUCAGCAACCACCAUGGCAAGAACGGCAAAUACACUAAGGCUUUCUUGGAGCAAAAUGGCCCUGGAGAUGCUCGACCUACAGCUCUCGACAUCCUAAAAGACAAUGACCGGAUCGGUACCAUGAAGGACAAGGUCUUCCUCCUCACCGGGUCCUCUGGAGGAAUCGGCAUUGAAACCGGCCGUGCGCUCGCCGCAACUGGUGGUAAAGUGUAUCUAGGCGUUCGCGACUUGGAGAAGGGCAAGGAAGCUCUAAAAGAGAUCCUGGAACCCGGUCGUGUUGAGCUUCUCGAACUAGACGUAGGCUCAAUGGAAAGCGUGCGCACCGCGGCGAAGACCUUCUUGUCUCAGUCAGACAAGCUCAAUGUCUUGGUCAACAAUGCGGGAAUCAUGGCAUGCCCCGAAGCAAAGACAUCGGAUGGGUUCGAGUCCCAACUUGCAAUCAACUACCUCGGCCACUUCCUCCUCUACAAGUUGCUCGAGCAAACGCUCUUGUCCAGCUCCACGCCCGAAUUUCAAUCCCGAGUUGUUAACGUCACCUCUGCCGGUCACCACAUGAGCCCUGUUAUCCUCAACAACAUCAACCUCGACGGUGAGUACGAGGCGUGGAAGGCAUACGGGAAUGCCAAAACAGCCGAGAUUUGGAUGGCGAAUGAGAUCGAAAGCCGAUAUGGUUCCAAGGGUCUGCACGGCUACUCUUUGAUGCCUGGCGGUAUUGCUACAGGCCUCCAGCGCUUUGUCGACCCAGAGACAUUGAAACAGUGGGGAUCCAGUGAGCCCGCGCUAAAAUAUGGUAAAAGCCCUGCCCAGGGCGCUGCCACGACCAUGACGGCUGCAUUCGGCAAGGAGUGGGAAGGCAAGGGUGGUGUCUAUCUAGAAGAUUGUCAGGAAGCAGGUCCGAUUCCUGAAAACGGUACAUUGGCGGUCGGCAUUGCUCCCCAUGCGUUCGAUCCGGAGGGCCAGAAGAAGUUGUGGGAUUUGACUCUUAAGAUGUUGAAACUGUCGGAGUAA